GAUCAAAGUUAAUUGUUUGAUAAUUUGUUAUGAGAAAUGACAAUUAACGUUAAUUAAACGUCAAUACAUGAAAUUUUCUGUAACUUAAGCAGUCAUUCGAAAAUCACGUUGAAGUGCUGUGUUCCAUCAGUCAGCUGUUGAAUGAAAUCUUCUAGUUCUUGACAUUUAUGGCGUUAAGCAAGAUCAUAUUUGGAAAAGUAUUUGGAAAAAGCUCACGUUUCUUGUUAUGCAGAAAUGUUAUAAAAUCUGCCACUGUUGUAAAUGUGUCAAAGCUCUUCUAUACAACUGACAAGGAAUCAGCUUCUAAAAUAAUUGUGAAGAUCCAGAAAGGUUUACAAGACAAGCCGAUAAAUUUGGGCGAAGCCGACAAGACAAUUAAAGGCAAAUUAACCAGCGAUGAUGCGACAAAUAAGUAUUUAGUUGCUGUGAUAAGCUUUUCCUUACUAAUUAUAACUGUGUAUGUUGUCUAUGAAUUCGGUAAACCGUCCCGCGAUCAAAAUAAUAUAAUUAUUCCCGAUGAAUAUUCGGACCUUCCGAUUUGGAAACAGCACUUGCGAAGGUUCAUUAAGACCCUGUAUGAUGUUGCUACAGUAAUUCAAGAACCAUCCAGAGAAAAACUGCUACCUGAUCCAUUCCAGUAUCCCUAUUUCCAACCCCCUUACACCCUCGUGUUGGAAUUUACUGAUUUACUGGCGCAUCCGGACUGGACCUACAAAACGGGCUGGAGGUUCAAAAAACGACCUGGUUUAGAUUAUCUGUUGGAAAAUCUUGUCGGAUUGUAUGAAAUAGUCGUUUUCACCGCGGAAUCAGGUAUUACAAUAUUUCCAGUCAUUGAAGCUGUCGAUCCGAAUAAUUGUAUAUCUUACAAACUCGUACGAGACUCUACACAUUUUGUGGACGGUCACCACGUUAAAAACAUAAGUAAAUUGAACAGAGACUUAAGUAAAGUAAUUGUUGUUGAUUGGAACUCGGAGUCAGUCAAAUUCCAUCCCGAAAAUCAUUUGCAAAUUAAAAAAUGGGACGGGGAAGACGACGAAGUACUCAUCGACUUGACUGUUUUUUUGAAAACGAUUGCUCAGACAGAAAUCGAGGACGUUCGCGAUGUCUUGAUCUAUUACAAACAGUAUGAAGAUCCGUUGAAAACGUUUCGCCAAAAACAACAUGAGUAUUUCGAGAUGCAACAGCAACAACUUUACAAUAUGGAACAGAAAUCCAAAAACAAGCCGAAUUGGUUCCAAAAGUUCUUGUUUUAAUUGUAGUUAAUAAGUUAAAUAAAUAACUAAAAAAAGUUUAUGUUUUA